AUGGGGCGUUUCAUAUUUUCAAAAGUCCUUAAAAGAUAUCAGCAUUUAAACCAAUUACCAUUUCUACAUCAAUACCAAAUACGGACAAGCUUAACCCAGCUGAUACAAGAUUAUUCACAUAAAUCUAUUCCUAAUAUUGAUUAUGCAUAUUUAACGAAUUGGAAUUCUUCUAUUAAACCGCAUAGUAAUGAGCAGUAUAAUUUGAGUAUUAACACGAUAUAUUCUUUAUUAGUCUAUGUUUGCAGAAGGUUAAAUUCUAUCCAUAAUUUACCUUAUAUUGUAGUAAUAAAUCCAUAUAUUUCAAACAAUAAUUCAGUAUAUUUAAAAUCUCUGGAGUCUCUACUCUCCUUGGAGUAUCCCUAUCAAUUACAAGAUGAUAAUGCAGUUCGAAGGGUAUUGAACGAGUUCUUAGAUGAUCAUCAAGAUAGUAUAAUGGAAUUGGCAACAGGGUUUAAAGAAGUCGGCGAGUUUUAUGAUCGAAAAAGUAUAAAAGAAUUUUUAGAUGCUCAUUUAAAAGAUCGAAUAAUAAUGAAGUUAUUGGCAACUCACUAUCUAAAAUUAAUUGAAAGUGAUGACAAUGGAGAAACUAAUACAAUAAUAGAUCCGUCGAGUGUCUCCCAUAAAGGUAUAGGUGUAAUCAACACAAAUUUUAAUGUUAGUGAUCUGGUAAAUCAAGUUUCAGAAUACGUGGGUGAUUUAACAAGGUUAGAAUACGAUAGAGCUGUUCCAGUACAAGUUGAGACAAAUGACAAUAACCCAGUAGAGUUUAGCUGUAUUGGUGCUCAUUUGGAAUAUAUUUUAACUGAAGUACUAAAAAAUUCAUCAUUAGCACAAAUAAGAAAUGGUAAAAGUGAUGUCCCUAUUAUGGUACAAAUUACGAAAGGAAAUUGUGGUGAAACUUUAAGCAUUCGUGUAAGAGAUCAUGGUGGGGGCAUUCCUCCGGAGCGUGAACCUUUUAUAUUAGAUUAUGCUUAUACUUCAGAAGUAAAUAAGCAUGAAGGUGAUCCAGCUACACAAGUGAAUCAAGUUAACGCUGAUGUUCCAAGGGUUGCAGGAUUAGGAUUUGGGUUACCACUGUGCCGAAUGUAUGCAGAAUUAUUCGGUGGAUCUCUAAGUAUUCAAAGUCUUUGGGGGUUAGGCACUGAUGUCUAUAUCAUAAUAAAAGGAAUAACAAAUUUUAAGUAA